GACGUCGAACCCGGCAAGGCCGUACUAACAAAUGCGAUCAGUUUCGUGAAGACCCUGACGGGCAAGACCAUCACCCUUGAGGUCGAGUCCUCCGACACGAUCGACAAUGUCAAGUCCAAGAUCCAGGACAAGGAGGGCAUUCCCCCGGACCAGCAGCGAUUGAUCUUUGCUGGCAAGCAGCUCGAGGAUGGCCGCACCCUUUCCGACUACAACAUCCAGAAGGAGUCCACCCUCCACCUCGUCCUCCGUCUGCGUGGUGGUGUCAUUGAGCCCUCUCUGAAGGUUCUGGCCUCCAAGUUCAACUGCGACAAG